UGUAUGCGCUGUAUAAAAAAUGUCGAGGUGGCGUGGUGCCUGCGUUGGACGUCGCGUGGGAUGUACGAUUUGAGAGGGUUUGGCGAGUGAUGGGGAACGCUAGUGGUUACUUAUAGAAUGUUCUUUGCAAACGCAGGUCUAUGAGUUUUGCCAGACUUUUGCGGUGGCUUUGAUCGACGUUCGUGUGAGAAGGCGGCUCUGCAAGAACACCAGCCAUGCCAGAAGUUGACACAGCACUUCCUGCAACCCUGCGCUCAGACAUGACCUCGCCAUCAGUGCCCUGAAGUGCAGCACGAUCUGCCCUGACCAGCAAGAUGAGCACCAAGUCAUUCUUCAUUGUGCAGGAGGCGCCAGCCAAUGCGCUCUCGCUCAACAAGGACUACAGCCAGGUGGUGAUUGCUGGCCGUAACGUGUUCAAGGUGCUGCUGAUUGAGGAGCAGCGCUUCGUCGAGCGGCUGAACCUGCGCAUCGGGAAGAGUCUCAACCUGAGUUUCUCCUCCAAUGACGUGGUGUGGAACCCGUUCGACGAGACGCAGCUGGCAACGGCGGCUACCAACGGCCAGGUGGUGCUCUGGGACCUGAACAAGGCCAGCCGCAACAAGCAGGACCACGUGUUCUCCGAGCACAAGCGCACCUGCAACAAGGUCACGUUUCACCCGAGCGAGCCGCACGUGCUCGUCUCGGGCUCGCAGGACGGCACGAUGAAGCUGUUCGACGUGCGCAAGAAGGAGGCGGCCAUCACGUUCCAGGGCAACACGGAGAGCGUGCGCGACCUGCAGUUCAACGGCAGCCAGCCGAACACGCUGUGCGCCGUCUCGGAGAGCGGCCAGGUGCAGCUGUGGGACAAGGCGCGGCCGGACCGCUGCGUGCGCCAGCUGACGGCGCACAACGGGCCGGCGUACGCGUGCGACUGGCACCCGGAGCACGCCGCCUGGCUGGCCACGGCCGGCCGCGACAAGGCCAUCAAGGUGUGGGACACGCUGAACAGCGCCAUCCGGCUGGUGUGCACCAUCCCGACGAUGGCGUCCGUGGGCCGCGUGGUGUGGCGGCCGCAGCGCGAGCACCACAUCGCCAGCGCCGCGCUGCUCGUCGACUGCAGCAUCAACAUCUGGGACAGGCAGCGGCCGUUCAUUCCGUUCGCGUCAUUCGGCGAGCACACGGACGUGACGACGGGCAUCGCGUGGAAAGGCGACCCGCGCGUCUUCCUCUCCACCAGCAAGGACGGCACGCUCUACCUGCACCGGUUCGAGGACGCCGACCGGCCGGCCGACCGCGCCAACCCGCACGGCCUGAGCCUGGCCGCCGACGGCCGGCUCGGCCUGGCCGUGCGGCUGACGCACGAGACCGGCGGCCGCCCGCCGCGGCGCCCGCUCACCAGCCGCGACCGCUUCCGGCUGCGGCGCUCGCUGCUCAGCACCGUCAGCGGCCCGGUGGAGCCGUCGCCGGCCGGCGACUGGCUGCAGCAGAGCGCGCGACGCUACCUGCUGCACGGCCGCAGCCUGGCCGACAUGUGCGAGCACAACGCCGGCGUGGCGGCCGACCUGCGCCGCUACCACGUGGCGCGCACGUGGCGCGCCAUCAAGCUGCUGUACACGUCGGCGCGCGAGCCGCUGCAGCCCGGCGACGGCGGCACCAGCGACCCCGAAACCAAGGCGCCGCGCAACGUGUCCGGCGGCGAGCCCAAGGCCGACGACGCGGAGACGGACGGCGACGAGGGCGAGCCGGAGCAGAACCUGGCCAACAUCGCGUCCGGCCUGGCCAACGCGCAAGGCGACUUCUUCUUCGGCGACGGCGAGGUCAACGAGAUGUGCCUCGACUACGAGGAGGGCCUGGACGUGGCGCCCGACUUCUCGCUGCCGACCGAGGCGUUCGAGCUGCGCCACGAGCUGCAGGACGGCUCGCCGCCGCCCGAGAGCAUCCAGCUGGGCGCCGAGCCGCCGAUCGAGGCGGCUCGCCAGCCGGCCAACCCGGCGCUCGUCGAGCAGAUCAACAGCUCGCUGAUGGCCAUGCCGGCAGCUAGCGUCGGCGACUGGCCGGCCGGCCGCGUCGUGGCCGACAUGUUGCGCCAUUACGCCGCCGACGGCGACGUGCAGACGGCCGUGUCGGUGAUGGUGGUGCUGGGCGACAGGUUGCGGCCGCACCUGUCGCCGGCCGUCGCCGAGCCCUGGUUCCUCGCCUACCUCGAGCUACUGGCGCGCUUCCAGCUGUGGAACGUGGCCACGCAGGUGGUGCGCCUGGCGCCACUGCCAGCCGUCGGCUGCCUCAACCAGAUGGUGGUGAAGCUGCACUGCGGCCGGUGCGCCUCGCCGCUGGAGCGCACCGGCUGGUGGUGCCACCGGUGCCGCGCGCCCUCCACCUGCGCCGUCUGCCACCGCGUGGUACGCGGCCUGCAGGCCUGGUGCCAGGGCUGCGCGCACGGCGGCCACCUCUGCCACAUGCGCCAGUGGUUCUCCGGACACCGGAUGUGCCCGUCCGGCUGCGGGCACGUGUGCGUGCCGGUGUCGUGA